GGUAGUCUCCAGGAUCAAAUGCCCCCCUUUGACAAUUUGGUUGCCAAACGCAUGAUCCAAACGGAUAUGAAUACGGUACGUUUCAGUCACAAUAGUGAUGACCUGAUUCCCCAUUCCUACAUGCAGUCCAAAGAAGAUGUCAAUACCUUUAUGGAGUCACUCUCCGAAAAUCCACUUGCCCCUGGGCUGCCGCCUGCCCGUACGUUCAAGAAGUACGCAACGAAAUAUUCGUGAAUUUCAGGUUUUUUGGUGAACCUCAACAGCCGUGAACUUUGAACCACGAAAACACAUUGCAAGGGCGCAAUGCAAAGUCUCUCCAAUAAGAGGCACCAACGCAAGAAGGCAUGAACAACCCCCAAGCUCUACCAGGUACCGAUGGCAGUGAACGCGCGGAGUACCUUCCUGAGGAGUGGUUUGAACUAGAAUCAGAAUUCCUGGCGAAGUAUCGCACGUACUGCUCAGACGAAGGGUUUAGAAACGUUUUUGAUACGAAGGACGAAGCAAAUGCCGAGGACAACGAAGGCGACGAAGAGGACAGCGGAGGGGAAGAUUUCGACGAAAGAUUCUACUAUGACAAUUCGAUGGGCUUGUCGAAGUCGGUGAUCUACGAUCCCCCACUCUUUGAUAGGACCGAUCUCUUCCACCCCCUGCACGACCGCGACUUUCGCAUCUCACAUGCCUCGCGUGUCGUGUUGGGGUCUUACAAGUCCAUAGCAAUGAUGCCAGGUUUAAUGAGAGCCUUGGGCAACCAAGUGGAUCCGCUUGCCAGUGAGAUCCUGUCCAGGAUCCAGGACAAUCGUAAGCGCCAUCCUGGCGUGCGCAACGCCCUCAAGUCAGCAGUCACUCUCGAGGCGAGAUUAGCAGGCAUCCAAAAGGACUCGGCCCCUAAGCGUGUGGUCACAGUUUCGGGGAAUACGCCACUUGCUGUCCUACACGACCGAGUCCUUUGUCCCGUGUUUGGAUGGACACGGGGAUACCACGACUAUCGCUUUGCCAUCCCUCCCGCAGGAUAUUCUCCGUAUGAGCCUCCCAAGUUCGCCAUUUUGGAGAUCCUGUUUGGGCCGGAGUUUCGAAGACCUUCUUUGAUCGGCCGCCAUGGCUUCUAUGGAACGCUCCGCUCAAUUGAUGUCCUGGCUUCUAUCCCCGAUGCGAAAGUGUGUGUGGCUGAUCUACUCUAUUCGAAAGGCAAGGAGCUGUGGCAUGUUCUGGGUGGAAGCAGUAGUGGAUGGAAGACAGUCCUUACGGUUGACACCAUUACACCCAGUAACACAGAGAGUGCAAAAGGAUCCCGACUCCCUAUGGUUUUAAGUGGGGAAGGCCCAAAUGUCCCUGAAACUAUAGUGCUUUCCUUUGGUUCCGAAUACGACGACUAUGAUUGCGGUGGGCCUCAAGCUUUCACCCUCGGCUGUGAAAUGCUACGACUAUCAAAUGAGUCGUCAGAGAACGCAUGGCUGAAAGACUGGUUACUUCAAGAGGUCGGCUCAUCCGUACAGGAGGCAGACUUUGCCCUGACUGAACAGUUUGACAUUCAAGCGGCGACGAGGGCAUUGCGACAAGCCCAACGGGGCGACCGAUCUUACAACCCCGAAAAUUCUAGAAUGUGGAUGCAUCAUCUGUUUGGAAAUGCCUCGUCAGUUUUCCCUCCCGGCACGGAAAUGUCGAAGUCAGGAAACCUCAUGGUUCCAGGCGGUGCCUGCAACACAUGCUACAAAACAGGCGAGCAGCUUCAAAGCAACCUUAAGAAAUGCGGCCAGUGCAAGAACGUGAAUUACUGUAGCAGGGAAUGUCAGCUGAAGGACUGGAAAACCCACCGCAAGAUCUGCGUUCCGAAGUCAAAGUAAGUUCAUUGGAUAUAUGGUUCCGUGCCGUCGUGUGUACAGUACCGGUACCCGACACCCGACACGCAGGGGAUCUUGAUGCGAGCGCCUAAGACCUUGGGCAACAAGUCUGCCCCAGCCGGUCAACAGCUUCGUACGGUACCGGUAACUUUGCAAGGGCCGCAACAAGUGAGACUCUCCACUGGGCCUUAUUCCCAUGGUCGAGUAGCGGCUGUUUGGCAGCGUUGCGGAG